GAUUAGUGUACGUAUUUUAGUUUAAGUAGUAAAGAUGUUGUACGUUCUUUUCUUCAUUUUUUUCGCUUCUCUGUCUACAGCAGAUAUACAUCCUAGAAUUAUAGGAGGAACGACUACCACGAUAACUGCACAUCCAUAUCAAGUAUCCAUCAUUUAUAAAAAUAAACUUCUCUGUGGAGGUUCAAUAAUAAGUAAAUUAUGGAUACUAACCGCUGCACAUUGCAUUGAUAGUGUAACAGCCCAAGCACUUUCCAUUCGUGUUGGAAGUACUUAUUUUACUAAAGAUGGUACACUCAUCCAGAAUAUAGCUCAACUUAUUCCACAUAAUCUUUAUGACGAUCAUACUUUCGAUUAUGACGUUGGCUUGAUAAAGUUAGCGUCAGAGCUGAAGUUCAGUUCGACAGUGAAUAUAGUGAAAUUACCUUCGGUGAACGCAAACGUGCCAGGUGGAAUCAAUGCUAUCAUCACGGGAUGGGGAAAGACGGGAACGACGGAUACAUCUAACGCGUUGCAAGCUCUGACAAUACCUACCAUUGAUCAACAAAAAUGCACCGAAAUCUUUCGUAAGAGCCCGUAUCAAAUCACGCAGCGAAUGAUGUGUGCCGGUUAUCUCUCCGGUGAUAAGGACGCUUGUCAGAGUGAUUCCGGCGGACCUCUCGUGUAUAAUGGCGAACAGAUAGGUAUCAUAUCCUGGGGUUUAAAGUGUGCAACCAAGGGUUAUCCUGGAGUAUAUACAAAAACGUCUGCCAUACGUGCUUGGAUAACAACUAUGACAAAGAUAUAUUUUGAGUGUGCCUCUAUAAUUGCAGUUUUGAAUGUGCCUCUUACCAUUAGUGGACUCUUUCGUCGAAUGAACUUCAAAUUAACAAUGAUUCAUAGUCGUUAUACGAUGUUCUUUCCUGGCUUUUGUCUCGACUCGUCUCUCAUCAUGCGUACUCGACUUUUCCUAUCGUUUCUUUUUCUCUUCACACAGCUGGUUCUCUCUCAGGAUUUUAAUUGGGAUUACGACGAGGGUCGCAUUGUUGGUGGCCAACAGACCAGCAUUCAUCAGCACCCCUACCAAGUUUCUGUUCGAUUUAAUAUUCGUCACAUUUGCGGUGGUGCUAUCAUUAGUAACGAAUGGAUCGUCACUGCAGCUCAUUGCGUAGAAGGCUCAUUAGUACGGUACAUCUCGAUAAAGGCAGGAAUAUCGGAUUUAAAAAUGAGAGGUAUAAUGAUCCGUGCUAAGGAAAUUAUUGUUCAUGAAAAUUAUAAUCAUCAGACUUCCGAUUAUGAUAUCGCAUUGAUUCGAUUAGAGAAGUCACUUCAUUUUGGACACAAUAUGAGACCCAUCUCUUUAGCAAAAACUACGGAUCAGUAUACGGCAGGUUCCAAGGCCGUUGUGACAGGUUGGGGUGUUUUGAGAAAGAAUGGUGUGUUGUCCGAUAAAUUACGCGAAGUAAGAGUACCGGUAGUCUCGAAUAUAAAUUGUUCGUACUUGUAUACGGGUCGUGAGAUCACGUCAAGAAUGUUGUGUGCUGGUUAUUUAAAUGUUGGUGGGAGAGAUGCUUGUCAGGGUGAUAGCGGAGGACCAUUAGUACAACAAGGAAAACUAAUUGGCCUUGUAUCUUGGGGUUAUGGAUGUGCAGAACCAGCAUAUCCUGGGGUUUAUACGCGAGUAGCAGCUUUUAGAUCUUGGAUAGCUCAACAUGCUGGAGUAUGAGAAAUGCAAUGGAGACUUUUUAACAAUAAUGUUUCGGAACGUAGGAAAUAU